UAACCAACAUGGAAGAUCCACUUGACAAUUUUACUUCUUUAUGUAUGUGGUUAUCAAAAUAGCCUUCGUCAGACCACAUGAACACUGAGGAUAAAGAGUUUGGGAGGCCUAAACAUCCCCAAAAAAGAACAUUGAAUACAAGCAAAACGUCUCGCGGUCUUUUGACAUAUAAAUUCUAAUAUAAAUUUCACUGCAGAACGAUCCGUUACUAUAUUUAACCAUGGGAAUUUUAAUAAUAAAUACUGUAAAUAGUAAAUCGAUAACGGAUAUAUUGACAGUAUAUUAUUGAAACGCAAUUCCAUGUAUUCCGAAAAAGUUAUGUAGACCCUAUGAGUUCCACGGUAAAAUCAGAUUCAUGUGUAAAGAUGUACAGAUUUUGCUUUCUUUUGAUUUGUUGGGCUUCAAGAAUUGCACUUUCCUCUGGUAUUGACUGUUCCUGUCUGAUAAACAAAGAAUGUGUUAAUUAUGUACUUGAAAAUCCUCCAUCAUCGUUUCUGAACUGCAGUAACCUAACUCACUUUGAACGAUUUCACCAAAGUCGUAGAACAUGUAACCGCUCGGAGAGGUAUCAUUGUGCUUGGGAUCUACAAGAAGAAGAAUACGGAGAAAUUUGUACAAAGCCUAUAGCCCUUUAUCCAGGAUUUAGACCAACAAGGGAAGGUGGACUGAAUCAAGGUCAUUGUAGUGUGGAUAGAUAUCAACCUUUCUUCAUAGAGUCAAACCUAACCUUCCAGUGUAUCUAUGAAAAAUCUACAUGCAUUGAAGAGGGUCAAAAAAUAUAUAGUAAUGGUUCUAUAUAUGAGGACAGAUCCUGUUUCUGCGAUUUUGAGAAUGGAUAUGCAUUUGUGAAUAAAACAUCAAAUAAAACACACUGUGUUCCAUCAAAAGAAGACUGUACUUGUUAUAAAAAGAUUUGUCCUGAAAAUUCCGCUUUUUUAAACACAGGAUACAUAUGUAUACAAGGAAUGGUCGACAGUUUGCAGGGUGAAGUUGGAUCAGAAAGGAUCGUAAACAUUUUGGAAGUUCGCACUUUGAUAAAUGAAGUAUACAGUAAUAUCAAAUACAACAAAGUAUCUAAUACUAGUAACAAUAAAACUGGUUUAUACAUCGUUUUUAUGGUUUUACUCUGCGGAGCUUUUCAUGGUUUCAUCUUAUUCGUAUGUCCAGUUCGUCUUCACUCUGACAAUAUUGUGCUAUUUCAUGAAGAUAAUGACACAAAGAUUGAGUGUACAGUAACAGGGCCAUCUCUUAUCAGGUCUGUGGAGUGGUUCAAAGAUGGGGAAAUAGUGUCCGAAAAAAACUAUACCCCUUCUCUUGAUGUACCGAAACUUACUUUGUUUAUAAGAGAUCCACAGAAAAAAGACGAGGGCGUCUUUAAAUGUGUAGUAACAAAUUAUUGCAGGAUUUCCAGUGAAAGAAGUGUGAAUUUUAUGAUUUUUCCUUCUCCCACUGUUUUAGACGAAUGGAAAGCAAAAGAUACCAAGAUAGUAGAAACAGACGCUAUGUCAAAAGUGAGGGAAAUUUUGCAAUCGUCAAAUUGUGUGACAGUAGUAGGUCGAUCGGGCAGUGGGAAGUCAACUGUUUUGCGCCAUAUUGCACUAGCAUUGCACGCCGAGAAAGAAAGCUAUGAAGUGUUUCCUUCUUUUUCCCCAGAAGACGUCAGGCAACAUUUUGACCGUUCAAAAAAGCAAGUUUUUGUUUUUGACGAUGUGUUUGGAAAAUAUGCUAUUGAUUUACAUACAGUAGAUGAAUGGAUUUUUUUCAUGCACGAUAUGAAAUCUUAUCUUGAUCAUGGAAAUUUGAGAAUGAUGUUUUCUUGUAGAUCGCAUAUAACAAACCAUCCCCAUUUCCAAAAGCUUAAACUCAUUUCUUCAGCUUCUUGUACAUGUAAUAUACAUGACUUUCCACUCAGUCCCGCAAAACAAGAAGAGGUAGCCAAUAAAUAUCUCAAAGAUAAAGAUGUCAAAAUAAUCAUGUGCAUCGAGCCAAGUGAAAUAAAAUACAUAGACAUUUUCCCACUCUUAUGCGAAUCACUGAGCAAGUUGCUAGAAAUGGAUGAACAUGUAAAAGUUGAUGAAUUUUUCAAAACACCGUUUGAAGUACUUUGGAAGGUAUUUCAACAUAUAAAAUCGUACAAGAAAGAAAUAUAUGCUCUUAUGUCACUUUUCCUUGUAUGCAACAAUGUAUUAGAAAAACAGGUAUUCGGAACAAAACCUUUUAAAGACAAGUGUAGGAUAAUUGCUCAUUAUUGUGAUAUUCCAAAUUUUUCAGAGGAUGACAUCAGGUCCCUUUUCAUUAAACUACAGAAGUAUUUCACAAAAGUAUCUGGGAACAAUUAUAAAAUAUUUCAUGAUAAAAUAUUUGAUGCCGUUGUAUCAUUUUACGGCGAAGAUCUCUUUGGAGUAAUACUUGACAUAGCACAUAGUGAUAUCAUUCGUGACAGGUUUCAUUUAAAGUCCAUAAAUGAAGAAUGUGAAAUCGCUUUUCCGAUAAAAGUACCAGAAGAAAAAGAGGAACAGUAUUUUAAAAGAUUAUUUGUGGAUACAAACAGGGAAAUAUUCAACAAUGAAGUUACAUUCACUGCUUUUGCAAACAGACAACUACAAUACCAGACAUACCGAGACAAAUUUAUUAAGUAUUGCACUAAAAAUGAAGAAUUAAAGAAACAUAUAUUACUUCUCUCAUACAAAGCAACAUCACCGCUGCUUGAAGUUGCUGCUCAGGGCUAUGAUGACAUAUUAAACAUGUUAAUUAAAAUGCAUUUAGAUGUCAAUGUUUUUGACGAAAAUGGAGACACACCACUUCACAAGGCAGCAGCUUUCGGUCAUAUUGGAUCAUUGAAUUUACUUUUAAAAAAUGGGGCAGAUCCAAAUCGUCUUAAUAAAAGCGCACAAUCGCCUUUGUUUAAGGCAGUUGAGAGGGGCUACACAAACGUUGCCAGAAAGCUGUUAAAAAAGAAUGUUGAAGUUAAUUUGAAAAACAGUACUGGGGAGACUACGCUUUAUGUAGCUUCUCGAGAGGGACAUACCAGUAUGACUAAAUUGCUUUUGCAAAAUAAAGCAGACCCCACAAUAUUUGAUGAAUACAUCGGAUCCCCUUUGCAUAUUUCUUCAAAAGAAAACUUUACUGACAUCAUGCAGUUAUUAUUAGAGGAAGGUGCCGAUCCAAAUUUGAGCACAAAUCAUAUAGAAUCACCAUUAUAUAUCGCAUCACUCAAUGGUAAAACCGAAGCAGUGAAACUCUUAAUUAAAAAUGAAGCUGAUCUAGAUAAAUGUGGUAAAGAUGGAAGAUCCCCAUUAUGUAAGGCUGCAUGGAAUGGCUAUAAAGAAGCUGUAGAAAUAUUGUUGAAAAACAAGGCAGAUCCAAACAAAAUAAGCGAAUACAAUGAGUCUCCACUUUACAAAGCAGCACGAUGUGGUCAUUUAGAGAUUGUGAAAAUGUUGCUCGAGAACGGAGCUAAUGUAGAUCAAGCAUGUAGAGAUGGCAGAACUCCCCUUUAUAAAUCAGCAUGGAAAAACAAACAUGAGGUGGUACAGGUAUUAUUAGAUAACGGAGCCGAUCCCAAUUUAUGGAGUAAAUACUUCGGAACACCUUUAUACAGGGCAGCUAAAGAGCAUCAUUUGAAGACGGUAGAAUUGCUUCUGGAAAACAGAAAUACCGAUGUUAACCUCAAAAGCAAAGAUGGCGAGACGGCUCUUUUUGCAGCUUCAAAAUUUGGAUACCGAAACGUAAUACAAAGGUUAGUUGACAAUGGAGCUGAUUUGAAUAUAAAAAACAAUGAAGGCAAAACGCCAAUUGAUGCUGCUAGCGAAAUGGAACAUUCAAAUACAGUAAAACUAUUGAAGGACAUAUUAAAAAACUGUUAAUACACAUAUUCAAUGAAAUAAUCAUAUAAAAGAUAUUCAAAUUUGUAUCUUUCUGAUUUACAAGGCAAAUAUAUAAAAUUUUGUUAAUGCUAA